ACCUUUCUUAAUGCCUCUUAAAAGAUUAGAGCAUUUUCUAUAGCUUCAUUUACAAGUGAACCCUCUCCUUUCCCCUUUCCAUCUCUAUUUCCACUAUCACUAUUGUCUCAACUCACUCUUCUCUAAGCCAAUUUGAUCAAAAUCUUGAGAAAAUGGGAGUGAAGUUAGCUUUUUCGAUCUUUAUAGUGACUAUGAUGAUAACGAGUAUGGAAAAUGAGGGUAAUUUGGUAAAUGCUAAUGGAACGACUUGGGCAGGUUCAAAGUAUCAGAUUGAAUGUACAAUGUGCGCCGCAUGUGACAACCCUUGCGCCACUCCAUCUCCGCCCCCACCUCAGCCGCCGUCGCCUCCUCCGCCGUCUCCUCCACCGCCUUCUACCUCUUAUAAUUGUCCUCCUCCACCUUCUCCCCCUAGUUCCGGGGGAAAUUACUACUACUACUCUCCACCGCCACCACCGCCACCACCGCCUUCUUCUUCGGGCGGCGGCGGCGGGAAUUACUACUAUUCACCACCUCCACCUUACCAAAAUUACCCUUCUGGACCUACUCCUCCACCUCCAAAUCCAAUUGUUCCGUAUUUCCCGUUCUACUUUUAUAAUCCUCCACCGCCUUCACAAUCUGCUGCUUUUAAGCUCACUGUAUUUUCAUCCAAAUCUUCUAUUUUCGUUACGGUGUUCAUUGCGUUGUUGAUUUUCCAUUGAAAUUAAUGGGGGGGAAAUGUGAAAUUAAAUAAAGUGUCGGAAUCACACAGAUCUACAAAAUGAGGGCAAAGAUUUUGAAGAAAAAUGGAAUGCUGAAGUGAAUUUGUCUUGUUUCUCUCAUCUCCUGGUAAUCUGUAAAAUUCUUGACCAUUCUUCUUAUUAUGCUCCUGUAAUUUUUUCUUUUAGUUUAACUUAAUUCAUAUUCGUAUAGAAUGUAACAAAACUUUAGUCAAUUUUGUAACAAUUAUAAAGUCAACUUCUCAUUCACAUUCUA